AUGUCCGUUUCAGUAAUACCGCAAAACUUGCCAUGCUCUGUUACUCUGCAGCCUGGGCCUGAGGACACAGGAAAGGCCUGUGGUGUGGAUUUUGAGAUCAGGGCUUUCUGUGCCAAAACGAUGGAAGAGAAGAACCACAAAAGGAAUUCAGUGCGACUAGUGAUACGCAAAGUCCAGUAUGCUCCUGAGAAACCCGGCCCACAGCCGAUGGUGGAGACGACGAGGAGUUUCCUCAUGUCAGACCGGUCUUUACACCUAGAGGCUUCACUAGAUAAAGAGCUGUAUUACCAUGGGGAACCCAUCAGUGUUAACGUCCAUGUCACCAAUAACUCAACCAAGACUGUCAAAAGGGUUAAAAUAUCAGUACGACAGUAUGCUGAUAUCUGUCUCUUCAGUACAGCACAGUACAAAUGUCCAGUGGCUCAGAUAGAGGCAGAUGAUCAGGUGGCAUCCAGCUCUACGUUUUGUAAAGUGUACACACUCACACCCACUCUCAACAACAAUCGAGAGAAGAGAGGACUGGCGCUGGACGGAAAACUCAAACAUGAGGACACCAACCUGGCGUCCAGUACUAUUGUGAAGGAUGUGAGUAAUAAGGAAGUUCUGGGUGUCCUGGUGUCAUAUCGGGUCAAAAUCAAGCUGGUGGUCUCCCGUGGAGGGCUUUUAAGCAGCUUGCUGGAGAGGGACGUCUCGGUGGAACUGCCUUUUGUUUUAAUGCAACCAAAACCCACAGAUUCCACCCUUUUACAUUCAACCUCAGCUGCUCCAAUGUUGGAUCCACCAAUUGACACCAACUUGAUAGAGUUCGACACAAAGAGUUUAACCCCAGAUGACGACAUUGUAUUUGAGGACUUUGCUCGCUUGCGGUUAAAAGGAAUAAUCGACAAGGAAGAGGACUGCUGAAUUUAUCAUCUCGUUCAUCAAGAGCAGAAGCGCUUCUCAUCAAAUUGUGCAUCUCAUCUCCUAAAGGGCGUAACAAUGAAACGAUUCUCAGCUCAUUACAAAAGAAGCAGUAUUGGGAUAUUUGACUGAAAACUGGAGAAAAGUCAAACUUAUUAACAUACAUAUGAAAAGCUAAUGAAGGAAGGGAUUCCAGGGAAUUUUGUACAUUUUUGCAUAGGCAUGUGAAAAGUAUAUCUCUCAUAUUGUGCCAGCUCUUGUUAUGAACGGCAAGCCAGUUUGUAAAGAUGGUGAAAUUUGCUCAAUAUUUAUUACUUUACAGAGACGGUCAUGUGAUCUAUGUACAGUAUGGACAGAUGGAUGGUUUCAUUGAUGGGCUGUGCAUGUUUCUCAGUGCUGCUGUGAGGAUCAUAUGUGAUUGAGCACAUACUGUUUUAACUGCAGGAUGUAAAUAUAUGAAAUGCUGCUUUUAAUUUGUUGGACUGCUGCAUUGUUUUUUUUUUUUUUAAAGUAAAUGUAUAGAGAUUUAACAUCCCUCAGGAGAAAGGAAAGUAGUUGUGUUAUUACAAUUUUCAUACCUACAGGAUUCACUGUUUGCCAUCUUAUUUUUAUUUUAAA